UGACGUUCAUAUGACAUAUGCAUAUACGCAUAUGUCAAAAAGGCUUCCGCACUAAUAGAUUACUACUUACACAGUAUCACCAAUCCACAGAAAUUAAAUUGUGUUGUCUAAGGAUUUUUGUUAUUACCAACAUUAUCCCCUCUUUUUUUAUGGAAAUUGUGUAAUUCUAAAAAUAAAUGUCAUGAAUUGGUAUCUUCCGUGUAAAUGAGACCUGCAAACAUCAUCAAUUAAAUACAAAAUUUUCUGAUUGGUGUUUCACAUAGUGUAAUGGUGUUUCAUUUAAAAAUCCUAAGCACUGGUCAAUGUGAAUGGAAUGAAUUAAAUAUUCUAACCUGAAAAGUCAAUUUUAACGAUUAAUAUCUUGCUUCGCGGAACAGAGCUGUGUUUUUUUCUGCCAAAUUUCGUUUCGUGUCAAGUAAUCAUAAUUUCAUCAAAAUUAUAACUGCUGAGAGUAAACAGAAUAAUUACUCGACAUUUAGCUACAUUUUUUUUAAAUAUUAAAAUCAAAAAAGUAUUGUCGAAAUGUCGGAGAAGAAGAGAGUACUCAUGGUUUGUUUAGGUAAUAUUUGUCGUUCGCCGAUAGCGGAGGCAGUGUUUCGAAAUGAGAUGAACAAAAGAGGUUUGCAACACCAAUGGGAAGUAGAUAGCGCUGCCCUUAUAGGAUAUCAUACAGGUAAAAUACCAGAUAACAGGGCAUUAAGUACGCUAAAAGAAAAUGGAAUCACUAAUUAUUCCCACAGAGCACGCCAAAUUGAACAAACAGAUUUUGAUAAAUAUGAUUGGAUAUUUGGUAUGGAUCAUGAGAACAUAAAAAAUUUAAAACAACUGAAACCAAAAAACAGUCAAGCAAAAGUGGAACUUCUUGGGAGCUAUAAUUCAAGUGGAGAUCCUAUAAUACGAGAUCCAUAUUAUGAUUACAAUAGUGUUGGAUUUCAGAGAGUCUAUGAGCAAUGUUUGGCGAGUGUGACAGCAUUCUUGAAUAAAUAUUCAAGUUGAUGUAAAGAUUAAAAUAUGUACAUGAUAUUUAUAUAUACUUA